GAAUGAGACUCCCCACUUCCCAUCUUAUUAUUACGAUUUUCUACCGCCUCACAUUCAAAAAACCGGAGCAACAGUGAAGCCAAGAUUCGGGUUUCUCCCUCUCUGUCUCUGAUUGAGAGUCUGUUCGUCGAUUGCUCCUUCCCUUUCUUGAUUAUCUCUCCUUUCCUUGUUCGAUCGCUCAUCGAUCAUCGAGAAAUCAUCAAGAGAGAGAAAGAAAGACGCAGACACGCGCUGAAAGACAGGAAGUCGUAGACAGAGGAAGUUGCUAUUUGUUUAUACACUGUUUGGUAGUUUCCAAAAUUGAUUCUUGAAUCUUGAUCUUUCGUUUCCUCUCUGAAUCACCGCCUCUCCUUCUCUCCCUCCCGGAAGCCCCCUUUAUCUCCCUCUCUCUGAGGUUCCUAAACCCUUGAGAGAGAGAGAGAGGAAGAAAGGCUUGUUCGUUCUGUUGGUGGCUAACCCUAGGCUCAUUUGAUUGGCGGCGAUUCCUUCAUUGAGAUCGAUGGCAGAGGGACCGAAGACAGCGGGGGAAGAGCAGCAGCCCGCUGCAUCUUCGCCUUACUCGCUGGGCCACUCUGUCAUACCCAUCGUCAAUAGGUUGCAGGACAUCUUUGCCCAGUUGGGAAGUGCCUCCACCAUCGACCUUCCACAGGUGGCCGUCGUCGGCAGCCAAAGCAGCGGGAAGUCGAGCGUCCUUGAGGCGCUUGUGGGCAGGGAUUUCCUCCCACGGGGCUCCGACAUUUGCACUCGACGGCCCCUUGUUCUGCAGCUCGUUCACCUGCCUCGCCGUCCUGACACAGAGGUCUGCGAGUGGGGGGAGUUUUUGCACCUUCCAGGAAAGCGAUUCGCCGAUUUCUCGGCGAUCAGACGCGAAAUUCAGGCGGAGACUGAGAAAGAAGCUGGAUCAAAUAAGGGAGUCUCUGACAAACAGAUUCGCCUAAAAGUGUUCUCCCCCAAUGUCUUGAACAUUACGCUGGUGGACCUGCCCGGGAUAACGAAGGUCCCAGUGGGUGAUCAACCAACUGAUAUCGAGGCGAGGAUUCGGACUAUGAUACUUUCGUAUAUUAAGCACGAGACCUGCAUUAUCUUGGCAGUCACGCCAGCCAAUUCAGACUUAGCCAACUCGGAUGCACUUCAGAUGGCAAGAAUUGCAGAUCCUGAUGGGUCCCGUACAAUUGGCGUAAUCACAAAGUUGGAUAUCAUGGACAGAGGUACGGAUGCAUGCAACUUUUUGCUUGGGAAUGUCGUUCCCCUUCGGCUUGGUUAUAUUGGUGUUGUAAAUCGAAGUCAGGAGGAUAUCACACAUAAUAAGAGCAUUGCUGAAGCCCUUGCCUUUGAGGAGAACUUCUUCCGUAAUCGUGCGGUGUAUCACAACUUAUCUGACCGUUGUGGCGUUCCCCAAUUAGCAAAGAGGUUGAAUCAGAUACUGGUGCAACAUAUUAAGGCUGUUCUUCCAGGUCUGAAGGCUCGGCUGAAUACUCAAAUGGUUUCUGUUGUAAAAGAACUAAGCACUUAUGGGGAAAUAACAGAGAGUAAAGCUGGUCAAGGGGCUCUUUUGUUGAACAUUCUAACAAAGUACUGUGAAGCUUUUUCGUCGUUGGUGGAGGGAAAAAAUGAAGAGAUGUCAACUGCUGAACUGUCAGGAGGAGCAAGGAUUCAUUACAUUUUUCAGUCAAUCUUCGUUAAAAGUUUGGAGGAAGUUGAUCCCUGUGAAGAUCUAACAGACGAAGACAUCCGUACUGCUAUUCAGAAUGCAACAGGCCCCAAAAAUGCUUUGUUUGUACCGGAGGUUCCUUUUGAAGUUUUGGUUAAACGGCAGAUUGCACGCCUUCUGGAUCCAAGUUUACAAUGCGCAAGAUUUAUUUAUGAUGAACUAAUCAAGAUGAGUCAUCGUUGUCAUGCUGUUGAACUUAAAAGGUUUCCUGUUUUGAGGCGACGUAUGGAGGAAGUGAUUGGAAAGUUUUUGCGGGAGGGUCUAAAACCAGCUGAGACGAUGAUUGGACACAUAAUUGAAAUGGAGAUGGAUUACAUAAAUACUUCACAUCAUAAUUUUAUUGGGGGAAGCAAAGCAGUGGAAGUUGCAGUACAACAGCAGAGAGCAUCGAGGCCAUCUACUGUCCCUGUUGUAAAAACAAGGGAAGGUACUGAUUCUGAAAGAUCAGAGAAGAGUCAGAAAUCUCGGGCCAUUCUGGCGAGAUCUGUUGCAAAUGGAGUUAUUCAAGAGCAGGGAAUUCGUCCGGUGGCAAACAAUGAGAAGCCUGUUUCUAGUGCUUCUUCAAGUUCAACAUGGGGCAUUUCGUCGAUAUUUGGAGGUGGUGAGCACAGAACAACGACAAAGGAAAGCUCUAUGAAUAAGCCAUAUCAUGAAGCUGCUAGUGUGGAAAAUAUGAUAUCUAUGAUCCAAUUGAAAGAGCCACCAGCAGUUUUAAGGCCUUCAGAGGCAGAGACUGAGCAUGAAUCCAUUGAGAUAGCUGUCACAAAGUUGCUAUUGAAAUCUUACUAUGAUAUUGUUAGAAAGAACAUUCAAGAUGUGGUUCCGAAAGCCAUCAUGCACUUUCUGGUUAACCAUGCAAAGAGGGACCUGCACAGUGUUCUUAUACAGAAGUUGUACAGAGAAAAUCUAUUUGAAGAAAUGCUACAAGAGCGUGAAGAGGUGGCAACAAAAAGAAAGCAAUGUCGGGAGUUGCUCCAUGUUUUGCAACAAGCUGUCUGGACGUUGGAUGAAUUGCCACUCGAUGCUGAAAUGGCUUCUAAAGGUCCAACCUCUGGCGUGGAUGCAACUACUGGAUUGCCCAGGAUACAGGGGCUUCCCUCCUUCUAUUCAUUAUCAAAUGGUGAUGCAAGUUCCUCGUACUCUUCAUCACCGAAGAAUCCAAGAUCCCGCAAGUCGUCUCACUCUGGGGAGCAGCCAUCACCAUUCAACUCUGCAAAUGGUGUGGGCUACCAGUAUACAGGCAUUGGAGCUGGUUAUCCGACAAUUGAAGCAUAAGCAGGUCUGGGUUGACCUCUAAAGUUAUUGUUUUUCGCAUUGAUACUUGUUUCGGCUAGCAAGUAUAUAUUGCAGGCAAUUUGUGGAUCGUUAGUUGCUUUGCGGUUCUUUUUGGCAGAAUGUAGAAAAAUUGCAUAUUCUUUGAUAAGUAAAGUUGUCAUAUAUCUUUCGGAUCAAGAAUCUGAGUUAUUUUCGGA